CAUUUGACCCCUUUCGGUCAAAAUGGUCGGCUACGUCUUAUUUCUCAAGUUCUUUUUCUGUCCGUUCCAUGGGGGCAGAAUCUACACCCGUUCUUCGGCUUGGAUUUGGUUUCAUUGCUCACUAGCAUGCAUUAUUUCCAUUCGAUUUCGUCGCCGUUUAUUUCUACGGCUUACAUAUUUCUUUCUCUCAUCGUCAUCGUCAUAAUUAUAUCUCUGGUUGGGCUUUCCUCUGAUGAGCGUCUGGCCCUCUCUUUAAAUAGGGCUAUCUGGCUUAUACAGCCAUAUAAUAAUAGUAUAUCUAUAUUGACUUCCGAAGGUGCAUUCGAACAAGCAUGCUGGGUCUAGCGCCGAUUGCGUUGGUUUCUAUUGACGCUUUUGAUCCAUCUUCUUGUCACAUCCAUCUAAAGUCGUAGAAACGAGUGUAGA